CAGCUAACCAAGCUAACCCCUGUGAUUCUUUGGAAGAAUACAUAAUGUCGAAACAAUACUACGACUUUUACUCAAGACCGUACUAGUAACAUACCUUAAGCCCGCUUUUAUGCACGCGUUUUUUGUCGCCUGUCGCGUGGCGACAAAAAACGCGGCGUUUAUAGAUGAAACAAAAUGAAACUUUUGUCUAACGUUGUUUGUGGCGUGUCGCUUUCAGAUAGAUCAGUGGCCAUCGUAUCGUCUAAACAAGGAAGUGUGGUGCAUUGAUAAAUAAUGGAUCCGUGUGUUGUAUACUUGGCAUACAAAUAUAUAAUCAAAAAGAGACGCAAGAGACGUUGGAGCGUUCACCCAAUAAAUAGUGCAAGAAAUCUCAGAGGCACAUAUUAUACACUACACAAAGAACUAUGACGAGACAAUGACAAAUUCUUUAAUUAUUACCGUAUGUCGAUAGCUUCCUUUGAUGAGCUAUGUGAAAAGUUAAAAAACACUUUCAAUAAAGAUAGGGAGCUGAUUCAAGGAUUUGCAUUCGAAGCAGAAGAAAUGUUAUCAAUGACGUUGAGGUAUUUAGGUUCAGGAUGUACCUAUACAGAGCUGCACUACAGCUACAGAUUAGGGGUCACAACGGCAAGUCUUCUAAUUCCAAGAGUUUGCGUUGCCCUAUGGCGUACAUUACAGGAAGAGUGCUUUCCUGUACCUACUGAACAACGUUGGCGCCAAAUUGCCCAAGAUUUUGCAGAACGUACCAAUUUUCCUAACUGCAUUGGCUCUAUUGAUGGUAAACAUUGCAGGAUAAUCGCGCCUGCACAUAGCGGAUCACUGAAUUAUAAUUACAAGAACUUUUUUUCCAUUGUUCUAUUAGCUAUUGCCGACAGCAACUGUUGUUUUAUAUACAUCGAUGUCGGGUCCUAUGGUAAGGAAUCGGACUCCAUGGUGUUUAGACAAUGCUCCUUGUUUAGAAAAUUGGAAGAAGAUACCUUACAUAUCCCAAAACCUGAGAAAGUAGCAGAAACAACACUGCCAUAUGUACUCGUUGGGGAUGAGGCGUUUGUACUAACAAAUAACUUAAUGCGACCUUAUCCUGCAAAGAACUUAACAGAAAAAAGAAGAAAUUUUAAUUAUCGCUUGUCUAGAGCAAGAGGGAAAGUAGAAUGCUCCUUUGGAAUUUUAACUAACAAAUGGCGUAUACUGCAUCGACCGAUGAAUGUGAUGGAGGAAGUCGCUGUAUCCAUCAUCAAAGCUUGCUGUAUAUUACACAAUUUUGUUCGUGUGAGGGAUGGCAUCAGAUUUGAGGAUACUUUGACAAUAACAGGGCUGCAUGAUAAUGAUAGAGCAGAACCAGAAGGACGUGGACGUAAGUCUGCUUACAAAUACAGAGAUGCUUUCGCUGACUAUUUUAGCAGUCCAGCAGGGGCUGUGCCAUGGCAAAACACCAACAUAUGA